CCUGUGUGUUCUUUCCGGUUCUUGCUUCAGUAAUAACAUCCAAAACAAAAUAAUAGCCGCUCAUAUCUACUGUUACUUUUAUUACUAACUUUAAUAUCUUACAUCUGCCACUGACGUUACUCUGGCGAUCUCGUAGAUGGCGACAUUAACUCUUUAACACUACAGCACAACUUCAAAUUUGGAAGUGUUUUUACGACCGAACGUAGACGUCGGAAAGACGGUUCUUGAAGGUUCGCUGGUGAAAAAUGUGUUAAGAUUAAAUCUGUAGUAACGGGACAGCCUGCUAACGGUUCUUCUGCCUGCAUUCGUGCAUGUGAAACGCAUGACACAGCACUCCUGGCUUUGAAAAAGUCGCAGCAUCAGUGUCCUGCAGGGGCAGAAUACACCCGAAUACACCCCGCUGCAGUCUGCAGAGCAUCCGCACUCACAGCAGGCUUGGUGGUCUCCUAAAGCUACUCAGUAUAUUCUGGAAAAAAGGCGACACAGGUCAGUACUUUGCAGGACCUGAUUGUGUCUACAAUCCCUGAGCAGCCAGUAGGUGGCUCACAACACCUCCAACUAGCAGACAUGAGGUCAGGAUACAAGGCAAACAGAAAGAACAUGGAGUCCACUGACAGAGGCGAGAACAUCUCAGUGCAGCAGCCCGUCCAAGCACACUGAUCCUAACACAGGACAGCACGCACCUGCAGCUGUAGCAGCAGUUUAAAAACAUCAGGAUGGCUCAUGAAGAAAAGAACCCGCUGCCUCCAGCAGGGACCCUCUCUGAGGGACAGCGACAGUCCCUCUUUAAGAUGGAGCCCAAGACUCUAGGGGCAAUCCAGAUUGUUAUCGGGAUUUUGAUCCUUUGUCUGAGCGCGUCUGUGCUCCAGGUUCACGAAGUCCACUUUACCGGAGAUGUGGCUCUCUUCCUCAUCGUUGUCAUACAGGUGACUGUGUCUGGGUCAGUGCUGGUCCACAGUGGGAGGAGACCUACUCUUUUCUGGGUGAAAUGUGUCCUGGUGCUUCAUCUCAUCAGUGCUGCGUUUGCCACCGCUGCCCUGGGUCUAAUGUCCAAGCACCUCCCCUACCGCCAGGACUCUUACCACUGUGAACACUGCCGUAAACUGGAGCUACAUGCUGUGCAACAUUGUUUCAGGAAAUGCACCGGGCUGAUCGAGCAAAAGUGUAAACUAUUGAUUGAUGGUAUUCUGGGAACACUGGUUAUAUUCCUGGUGCUUGAGCUGCUAAUCUGCAUCACUGCCAUGCUGUUUGGUCUCAGCGUCCUAGCUGCUGGUGGCAGCCAGGCCCCCAGUGAGAGACCCGUCUAUCCACAAACUCGCCCCCCACCUGUCCCAGCUAUGGAGACUGUUCAGGCCGUUCAGUCUGCUCGAGCUGCUGCUGAGCCAACUCAGCAGGUGGCUGUAGUUGUGACAGAACCUGAUUCAGAGCAGGUAGAGGACAUCUCCACCCCACCCACUGAACCCCAGGUGGAGCCAAUAGAAACCACAGAACCCUGAACUCAGCACACAGAGCUCACAGUGGUGUCAUGUCAGUCACAAGAGACAGCUUACAUCUGAGUGUCAACAGGGAAGCCAUAUUCCGUAUGUUAUGCGUUUGGAAAAUAAAUGUGAAUGUUUAACAAGUUUCUGGCAUGUUUGAUCACAGCAUCAGUGUUAGUGCUGCUGUCCCUACAGUAUACUAUGGUGUAGUUGUGAAAUGGAACAGUUUUAUUACUAAUGUUGACAUGGUAGCACUUUAUAAUAAUGUCACACUAUUAAGCCUUAUUAAGGUAUUAACAAGUGAGUAAUUCAUCAUUUACACAGCAUUACUGCGCCGUAGUAUGCCAUUUAUACUUCUAUCAAUAUCAAAACGCUACAUGACUUAGUAGAUUAAUAAAGUUGUGAAAUAUAAAGAACAGAAUUGGUCGAUAUUAUAAAAGCAGCGAUUUUAGCCCACUGUCUGUAAUACUGUGUUCGACUGCCCCAGCACUCUCAUCCUGCUUGUAACUCAGGGUUUCUCUCAUCAGCUGCUGACGUGUAAGCCUCUUACUUACUUAUGCACUGAAAUGUUCUCCAAUGAGAACUCAAAGAGAGAAAUAUCUCUAAAAAUAUAACGGUCAUAAUGCUGUUCUCAUCAUUGUUUAUUGUUUUUGGCAAAUUAGGGACAAAGAUGAGGUUUUCAUAAAAUCCGAGCAGUUGGAACUCAAGUCGUUAAAUCCACAGGACACAUAUGUGUAUCUCCACAGUUAUUUUAGCAGAUCAAACCUAUCUGACACUGCUUUCAUGUAUGGCUUCUUAGUCCUGUUGUCAUUCUUUGUUCAAACCACUAUAAUAUAGAAUUAAUUGUAAAUGAAUGUAUGAAAACUUUAAUCUCACUGAAAAUAAAAUUACUGCUGCACAGAUAAAUCACUCUCUAAAGCUUAGCUUGAAAUGUUGAAUUGUUACUAAUGAUUUUUUUUUAGCACAAAUCUGCUGAAUCCAAAGCGGGGUUGUUCUGUCGAGUCUACAGAUUGUAUGUUAAUGGAAUAUUAACCACAGCCUUGUCUUUUUUUUCUAUAUAAUUUUUAGAUCAUUGUGAAUCUUCCUUAGCAUGCACACAUAAGGCCACAUUCAAUUCUGCUAAAUAAAGUCAAGCUUUGUUUUA